AGGCGAUGGGAGGCACCGCCCGCCGGGGUUGCCGUUCCGGGGCGCGGCGGGCGCGGCGGGCGCGGCGGGCGCCGGGCGGGCAGCGGUCAACGCGGCGGCAGCAUGGGGCUCACCAUGGAGAGCCUGAAGGAGGCCGUGAAGUACAUGCUGGAGUCGCAGGGCUUCGACCGGGUGCUCCGCAAGAUGAAACUUCAAUCUGCAGCUCCUGGAAAAGUUGUUUGUGAAAUGAAAGUAGAGGAGGAGCAUACAAACAGAGGUGGCACAUUACACGGAGGUUUGACAGCCACCCUUGUGGAUGUGGUGUCAACAGCAGCAUUGCUGUACACAGAAAGAGCACAGCCUGGGGUCAGUGUGGACAUGAACAUCACAUACACUUCCGCUGCUAAGAUUGGAGAAGAGAUACUGAUUACAGCUCAGAUUUUGAAGCAAGGAAAAAAUCUCGCAUUUGCCACCGUGGAUUUAACAAAUAAGGCUACAGGAAAGUUAAUUGCACAAGGUAGACAUACAAAGUUCAUAGGCAAUUAAUAUGAAAAUGUACUUUAAAUAUUAAUGUUGGACUUCAGAAUCCCGUAUAGAAUUAUUUUCUCACUUAUGCAGUAUUAUCUGCACAAAGUUGUGAUAGUCUCUAUCAAGUGAAUCUGUCUCACUUCUAUAAUAAACAGAUUUCUUAAUUACCACCAGAAUUGCUACAAGCCUGGGUGUGGGAUGAGCAAGAGUAUGACAACAAAGGGAGGCAUCUGUCUUUUUUUGGUCAAUGUAGCAGAAGGGAAGAGCCUUUGGACCAGCCAUAUGGUUAACCAACAUGACAGCAUUUUAAGAGAUUUGUUUUCUUUACCUGUGGUGUCAUGUGACAAAGCAACCAUGUCUUCAGGCCUGUCACAGUCACACUCCAACACCACUAGAAGUGCUUACAAACUGUACUUGUUCUCUGAGGUGGCAGUACAGAGUUCCUGUAACAUCAGCCAGAACUGAUUUGAAAGUGUAAAGCGGGCUAACACAAAAUGUAAUUUACUGAUGCUGAAACAAAUCAAUAAGUAUUCAAUAAAGCUUUCUGAAACUACCUUUUUAAA